AUGAGGAGGGCAGCUGGUUGUCUAACACUUGUUGGUGGCGGUGCGGCCGCAGCUGCAUUCACGUAUUGCGCUUCUCCACACAAAACAUUUGAGCAAGUCAAAUCUGUUCCACUAUUGGUUCAAUGCUCAAAAAAACUCAGUCCACAGAGUUCCGUUAUCAAUGAUACAAAACAACAUGCACUAUUUCUCACAAUACAUCUGAAUCCCUCCGCCAAUGUGCAGGAGUGUUUGAAAGCUUUGGGACAUAUACAGCUUUAUGUGGACAAAAUAUCCCCACCGGAUCUGCGUGAUGAGACGGAUGAGAUCUGGUAUGGUGUUGGAUUCGGUCCCGAUUACAUGGUGAAAAUCAGUGACCAUGUGCAGGGACCUGUUGUGCCAUAUCCGUAUCGGACAAGAUCCGGCGCGCUGGGUGGGGACAUAUUCAUCCACGCGAAGUGCAACGAGCGGGGAAAACUGUUUGAGUUGGCUCAAGCGGUAAUCGAUGGUCUACCGCAAAAGAGUGUGUCCAAAUUUGAAGAUGUUUACGGAUGGGUGUAUCGUAAUGGGCGAGAUCUGUCCGGUUUUAUUGACGGCACAGAGAAUCCGGCAUCUGAAGAUGACCGAGUGAAAGUAGCGAUCGAUCCUCAGUCGGGUGCAAGUUAUGCCAUCACACAACGUUGGGUGCACAAUUAUUCUGUGAUCAAAAACACAAAAGGUACGUGA